AUGGGGGCCGCCCGGGAGGUCGAGCCGCCGCCGGCGCAGGACGAGGAGCCCGACGACGAGGAGGAAGAGGAGGCGGCGGCGGCCGGGGCGGGCGACGGGGAGCCGGCGGCCGGGGCGGCGUUUUUCCAAAAGGCGGCAGGGAACGUGCGCGAGAACGUGGGCGAGGACGUGGACACGGAGCAGCUCAUCCAGGAGACGUGUCGCAGCUGCCUGGAGCAGGCCAAGCUUCUGUUCUGCGAUGGGAAGAGGCCGAUAGCCAGAGUUCCCCACGAACUGUCGGCCAUCAAGCGGGCGAAGCCCCUGGAAGACGAGAUGAGCCAACAGGGGAGCCCCAUCCCGAAAAAGAGAAAGGGGAGACCGCCAGGACAGAGCCAGCCCAGUGACCGAGGUGCCUCAGGUGUCAGUGUGGGGAAGAGCAAGUCUUCUGAACCAGUUCAGAGGGACGGUCCGAAGUGGGACCCCCUGCGCCUCACGGAGAGCACGAGCUUCGUCCUUGGGUCAAGAGCGAACAAGGCCCUCGGGAUGGGGGGCACCAGAGGCAGACUCUACAUCAAGCACCCCCACUUGUUUAAGUACGCAGCAGACCCACAAGACAAGCACUGGCUGGCUCAGGAGCAGUACAUGAGGGCCACCGGAGGGAAAAUGGCCUACCUGCUGCUGGAGGAGGACAUCCAGGACCUGGCUGCCAGCGACGAGUACAGGGCUUCUCAGGACCUGAAGCUGGACGAGCUGAAGCCCUUCACCAUCCCUUCCUGGAUGAUUGUGAAGAUGCAGAGAUACAUGAAGACCCUCCGCAGCGACGGGGAGCAGCAGUUGCCGCAGCAACAGCCCCUCUCCCUGCCAGAGGAAAUGCGGGAGACUUAAGGCCAGGCCUGGGCCGGGGUCUCUUGCCCCUCGUCGGCCACCGGGGACAGGGCUGCAGGGAUGCUCCCGGGAAGCCCAGGAAUGGGGGGGGGCAGCCUCCCCUCAGCCCUUUCCCUGCACGGGAUCCUUCCAGGCGCUUCCCUCCUUUCCCGAUUUUGUAUUUGGAAUCUUGUAUUUGCUCUGUUGGAGGAUUCAGGACGAGUGAAAAAAAA